AUGGUCAAUGAUUAUGCAACAACAUUUAACUGCUGUGGGGAAUAUCUCAGCAUAAGGUUGGUUUGGUGCUGUAUCAUGUAUAAAGGCACAGAGGAGAUGACUGACUAUAAUUCUAAAGCUUUCUUGACUAACUGUCAAUAAUCAUUUCUAUUCUCUCCCAGGAUUAACAUAACAUGGAGAAAAAACAGAUUACCAUUGUCAUCGAUUCAAAUACCGGUAGAAGCUGCAGCCAAACGUUAACACAGUGGUUUUGAAUUCAUUGGGAGUCCUACAUUUCAGUGGCUUAAAUGGGAUGUGGAUCAAGUGCCUCUGAAAAUAAUCCAUUGUUUGUAGAGGAUGAGUCAGAAGACGUUGUCCUUUUUGAAGAACUAGAUUUUGUGCUUAUUGGUUGCCAUGGGGCUGGAAAGAAUACAGCAGGAAACAUCAUCCUGAACAAAAAGGAAUUCAAUUACUGGACAUCAUGGAGAAAACAAGCUGUGAAGAAAGAGACUAAGCUAGGCAGUCGUACAAUUACUGUGAUCCGCACUGCAGGUUGGUCUGGACGUUCAAGUAAGGAUGAGACAAAACAGCAGAUUAUAGAAUCUGUCUGGUCCUCAUUUAAAGAUGGACCUGAUGCUAUCCUCUUGGUUAUUAGAAUCGGUUGUACAGACUCUCUAAAACCGACUCUAUCUAUUUUCAUGAAUGAAGAAGGAGAGAGGAGCACAUAUGAAGAGACAUUUAUCGAAAGAGCAUUGAAUAAUACAGUGGUGCUGUUCACAAAUGAGGAAGAAUUGGACAAAUUGCAUCUAACUAUUGAGAGAUACAUUACUGACUAUAACCUUGGAGGGUUGAUAGAGAAAUGUGACGGAAGGUAUUGUGUUCUUUCUGACAAAAAGUCACGUAAGGUUCAGAAUUCAAAGCUGAUCAAGCAAUUAGAGAAACUGAUAUCUGAAAACAGAGAUGAGAAUUUCCAGGUGGAAGAGAGCUUCAUGGGCACGUUGGAGAAGAUAGUGGAGAAGAAUACAAAUCUAAUAACAAACCUUGAAAAAAAGAUUGCAAGACUUGAGGAAAAGAUGCGUAGUUGUAAGAUUAAGAGAGACUUGGAAUCCUGUGAGAGGGAGAUAGAAAAACUGCAGAAGACCAUUAAGCAGAAGAAUAAAGAACUGCAAGAAGUAAAGGCUUGUAUUAAACAGUUACAUCCCAAAGUCAAAACAGAUAAUCAGACACAGACAGAAGAGGACAACGAUCCACAACGCCUGCGAGACGAAGCAAUAAAUAAGGACAACCUGAUCGAAGAGUUCAGUGGAAUUAAAGCACAGUUGGAAAAAGAGUUGAGAACAGCUGAAGAAGAGUUGAAGAACACUGAAGGAAAGUGGAGGAGAACUGAAGAAGAGUUGAAGAGAACUAAUGCAGAGUUGGAAGAACAGCUGAGGACAGCUGAAGAAGAGUUGAGGAGAACUAAAGAAGAGUUGGAAAAAGCGAAGAAAGCUGAAGAGUCAAAGAAAACAACUGAACUUUUUAAAAAACUAUAUAAAGAGUUGAACAGGAAGUUUCCUACCUCUUAUUGUAAGGAAGAAACACAUAAGAAGAAUAUCAAGAUAGAUAGGCCAUAUGAAAUGACUCAACGGUCCUUUAUUGCCUCUUCAGCCAACCCUUCUACUCCCACUGGUCAAGCCUUUAUCACUAAACACAGGAUGGAUUUGGUGGACCGACUGGGACUCUUGCUGCCCAUACUUAUGCGUCUCCAGGAUCAAGGAGUUCUGAGUCAAGAGGAGAUUGAGGAGGUGGAAAGUAAACCCACCAAGUCCAAACAGAAUCUAGCCUUGCUCAACAUGGUUGUGCGGAAGGGAGCUGUCGCCCAAGAGUGCUUCUACCAAGCCCUGAGAGAAUCAGACCUUUUGUUGGUGGAGGAUCUGUGUAAAUGUCGUAAAUGGGCCCCCAGGUCUCAGGCAAGAUGACGUGACUGAGUAAGGCCUAAUGUGUACCAAACAACGUCCAAACACAACACGUGGACACACAUUUAUCUUGCUCUCUCAUCAAUGUAAUGUUACUUAAUGUAUGGUAUUACUAAGGUUGCAAAGGGAGGGUAUAUUACUGGUAACUUUCAACAUUUACCAGUAAACUACCAGAAUGUUGGUAACUUUCAUUUUAUCAGAUGACAUCUAGUGGCCUUCUUGAGCACUUCAGAUUAUUACAGGUGUCUGUGAUUGUCUGUAAUUAUCUCUGGCCCUCUCUGCGGCCUCAACAAAUGUAACAUAUAUAAAAUAAUUUAUCCCGCUUUAAAUGAUGUUCAGCUAAUAAAGGCUUCAAAAAGCCUUUAUAAUGCCUUCAUAAGUGCUAAAUACAUGUGUUACAAUGCAUCUAUAACCGUAUGUCAUGCUUUAUAAAGGGUUCACAAAUGUGGCUUAACUGUGUGUCAUAAUCACCCAUGUCAAAGGUGACAUAACACACUAUGUCGAAUGUGACAUAAACAUGUGCUUUAUAAAGGGUGACAUGGUGUGCUGCAGGAUUACAUUACACCCAAGAAACACUGACAUUGAUGAAAGUCCCGAACAUCAGGAAAUUGAAAGUGGCUUUCUUCUGGAACCAAGUUAAAGCUUCCUCAGUACACAAACACACACACACACACACACACACAAAUAUAACGAGCCAUACCGUGUGGUGCUGGGCCAAGUCAGGUCUUUGACACAUUCACCCUCUCCCCCAGUGAAAGAUCAGCCACAAAAUGUUGGCACCAUUAUAACAGGUUGUUAUCAAGCCCUCCAGGUAGGACUAGGCCUACUCCAAAUCAUAUUGGCUCUGACAUACACGAACACAAGCUUUGCAGGCCCAUCAACACAUUUAAAUAUCUCUCACACCUUACAGUAACCUGUGGGUCAUGAGAGAACCUUCAAAAAUCAGCAGAACAUUUAUAACCUAUUUACUGACACUUUAUAUAGUUCCCUGUAAUGCUUAGUUUGAAGUGAGACACGUUCAGUCAUUCAUAACACAUCCAUAAAGAGUCUAUAUCGCAUGACGCUGUAUUUAAUUUCAGACCCCUUGGGUCAUUCAAUACACAUACACAAUGAUGUAAACACAAGUGUAUUAACUCUAAAGGAAGCAUCACAAAUAAACAAACAUUAAAGACAUGUUUAAACCAUACAUUUUCCUUUUAUUUUUACAUUUUUAAAACAAUACAAAUACAUUAAGAGGUACUGUAUGUUGGUUCCAACCUUAAAAGUAACAACAAAGAAAAUUAGCAGGUCUGUUAGGUAGCUAGCAAUUGCUGUGAAGUCACCAAGAUUCAUUUAAAUAACGAUUGAGGUAGCUAUUUAAUCAACACCAAUAUAACUACUGUAAACUCAUUUAAAUUACAAUAAAUAAAGGAUAACUUACUCAUUUUCCGCUGUCCAGUGGCACCACCAACCAAUACACCUCUAACCAAACAGUGCAUGCAAACUGAAUUAAAGGUAACUGCACUCAGAAAUCAAAGUUUCUUAUAUUUUCCCAGACCUCAAAUGUGGUCCCCUGGUGUGGUUUAAGCAUUGUUGUGAAAACCGAAUAAUAAAUAAUGUGUUGUUUUUUAAUUAAAAUGUGUGAAAGAAAACUGGCGGAAAUCUGAAACCUGAAAAAACUAAACCGAGAAAACUGAACAGGUUUAUUUAAAACACUACAUAUAUAUACUGUAUAUAAUGUAUACCUGAUGUGUUUAAGUACUAUCUAUCCAGAUGUAAUGUAUAUCAAAUAACUAUUUUGCUAUGUAACUACUGUGUAAAAAAAGUGGCAUGUAUGUCAAAUGUACAGAAUGCAAAUGAAAAUAAAAACAAAAAGCUGUAAAACUAAAAUUAAUUUUGUCCUCCGAAGAGGGUGGAUGGGC